AGCGGCUCCUGUCAGCGGGUGAAAUGGCAGCGGCUGAGCCGGUGACGGCUGCGGUCCCCGGGGGCGGCUGAGUGAAAGGGGCCGGGCCGCGGGGUUUGCGGGACCCUAGAACAGGCGCGACCACGGGCGGGGGAAUCGGACGACGCAGUGCAGGGACGGCAAGGCUCGGCGCGGCGAUGGCGGCGCUCUCCACGCAGACAGAGCUGUAACCUGGCUUACCCUCCUGGCUGAUGAGCCUGCCCACCAUGGCGAGCCCCACUCUGAGCCCCGACUCCUCAUCUCAGGAGGCACUGUCAGCACCCACCUGCUCCCCAACCUCUGACUCUGAGAACCUCAGCCCAGAUGAGCUAGAGCUACUGGCCAAGCUUGAAGAGCAGAACAGGCUCCUGGAAGCCGACUCCAAGUCCAUGCGCUCCAUGAAUGGCUCCCGGAGGAAUAGCGGCUCCUCACUAGUAUCCAGCUCCUCAGCCUCCUCUAACCUGAGCCACCUGGAGGAGGACACGUGGAUUCUCUGGGGCCGCAUUGCCAACGAGUGGGAAGAGUGGCGGCGCAGGAAGGAGAAGCUACUCAAGGAGCUGAUUCGAAAGGGCAUCCCACAUCACUUCCGGGCCAUCGUUUGGCAGCUCCUGUGCAGUGCCACAGAUAUGCCUGUCAAGAACCAGUACUCAGAGCUACUCAAGAUGUCCUCACCAUGCGAGAAGCUAAUCCGCAGGGACAUUGCCCGCACCUACCCAGAGCAUGAGUUCUUCAAAGGCCAGGACAGCCUGGGCCAGGAAGUCCUCUUCAAUGUCAUGAAGGCAUACUCCCUGGUUGAUCGGGAGGUGGGCUACUGCCAGGGCAGUGCCUUCAUUGUGGGCUUACUUCUCAUGCAGAUGCCUGAGGAGGAGGCCUUCUGUGUGUUCGUGCGGCUGAUGCAGGAGUACCGGCUUCGGGAGCUCUUCAAGCCCAGUAUGGCUGAGCUGGGCCUCUGCAUCUACCAGUUUGAGUACAUGCUACAGGAGCAGCUUCCGGACCUGAACACCCACUUCCGAUCACAGAGCUUCCACACAUCUAUGUAUGCGUCCUCCUGGUUCCUCACACUUUUCCUUACCACCUUCCCCCUGCCUGUUGCCACCCGGGUCUUUGACAUCUUUAUGUAUGAGGGACUGGAGAUCGUAUUUCGAGUUGGCCUGGCUCUGCUGCAAGUGAACCAGACAGAGCUGAUGCAACUGGACAUGGAGGGCAUGUCCCAGUACUUCCAGAGAGUCAUCCCCCACCAGUUUGACAGCUGCCCGGACAAGCUGGUCCUCAAGGCUUACCAGGUCAAGUACAACCCUAAAAAGAUGAAGAGGCUGGAGAAGGAGUACGCAGCUAUGAAGAGUAAGGAGAUGGAAGAGCAGAUCGAGAUCAAAAGGCUUCGAACAGAGAAUCGACUGCUCAAACAACGGAUUGAGACCCUAGAGAAGGAGAGCGCGGCCUUGGCUGAUAGGUUAAUCCAGGGGCAGGUGACACGGGCACAGGAGGCUGAGGAGAACUAUGUCAUCAAACGGGAGCUGGCAGUGGUGAGACAACAGUGUAGCUCAACUGCAGAGGACCUUCAGAAGGCACAGAGCACCAUUCGGCAGCUGCAGGAACAGCAGGAAAACCCACGCCUCACAGAGGACUUUGUGGCCCACUUGGAGACAGAGCUGGAGCAGUCACGGUUACGCGAGACAGAGACUUUGGGGGCCCUUCGAGAAAUGCAGGACAAGGUUCUGGACAUGGAAAAGAGAAACAGCUCACUGCCAGAUGAGAACAAUGUAGCCAGGCUCCAAGAGGAGCUUAAGGCGCUCAAGGUGCGGGAGAGCGAGGCUGUAGCCUCCGCGCGGGAGUUGAAGUUGCAGCUGCAGGAACUCUCGGACACCUGGCAGGCCCAUCUUUCCCGCGGUGGCCGCUGGAAGGAGUCGCCGCGGAAGCUGGUCCUGGGCGAGCUGCAGGACGAGCUCAUGACCGUGCGUUUGCGCGAGGCACAGGCGCUGGCCGAUGGCCGCGAAUGGCGGCAGCGCGUGGUGGAAUUGGAGACGCAGGACAACAUCCACCGCAACCUGCUGAACCGUGUGGAGGCAGAACGUGCGGCUCUGCAGGAGAAGCUGCAGUACCUAGCGGCGCAGAACAAGGGACUCCAGACUCAACUCAGCGAAAGCCGCCGCAAGCAGGCGGAGGCUGAGUGCAAGAGCAAGGAGGAAGUGAUGGCGGUGCGUCUUCGGGAGGCUGAUAGCAUGGCUGCAGUAGCGGAGAUGAGGCAGCGCAUCGCAGAGCUGGAGAUCCAGAGGGAGGAGGGCCGCAUCCAGGGCCAGCUGAACCACUCGGAUUCCUCACAGUACAUCCGUGAGCUGAAGGACCAGAUCGAGGAACUGAAGGCCGAGGUGCGGCUGCUGAAAGGCCCACCAACCUUCGAGGACCCGCUGGCUUUCGAUGGGCUUAGCCUGACACGGCACCUAGACGAAGACUCCCUACCAUCUUCUGACGAAGAGCUGCUGGGCGUGGGUGUGGGCGUGGGCGUGGGCGCAGCCCUGCAGGACCCACUCUACCCUCUGUCACCCCGGGACGCACGCUUCUUCCGACGUCUGGAAAGGCCAGCCAAAGACAGUGAAGGUAGCUCAGACAGCGAUGCAGACGAGCUGGCCACGCCUUAUAGCAACCAAGGCCUGGACAACUGAGGCUGGGGGCCCACUCUCUGGGAGCCUGGAGGCCGCAAUCACCGCUUGCCAGGAGAGAGCAGCAGUCAGUGACCUUGCUGCUUCGCAGUACUAAAAAAGUCUGUGCCACCAUGGCUCCCGCCAACCGUGGGCCAGGUGGAGGAGGCAGCACAGAGGGCAGGGCCUACUGGCAGGCCUGCCCUACAUAGCAGUGUUCACCCGUUUUGGUCCAUACCGUCCAGGCCCUCCUGAGUUCAAGGGGUGCCUAGGCCAGUUACCUGGAGGGUGUUGCUCUCCUAAUAUGGACAAGGGCCGAAAGUGCAGAGGUCCCAGGACUUGCUAAGCAGGAAGCUUCCUCCUCCCAGUUGGCUUCCCUAUGGGACAAGGGUGGCCCUGCUGGGUGGGGCCCAGGAGCUGCAGUGGGUCUGAGGAAGGAGGGGCAACUUGGACUGGAUAUUUGCACUCCAGGACAGGUUCUCUGGACACAGUGAUUUUGAACAGCCAGCCCCCUUGCCACCAGGGUCAGAUGGCCAGGCUGGGCUUUUCUGCCUGGUGCAGGCAUCACGGCCCCUGCAGCAGAAACCAAAGUCCCCCCAAUCCUGUGUGCAGGGCCACCUGGGGUGUGAGUAGUCAGUGGGAACCAGCUCAGGCCUGGGCAGUGUCUCCCCACUCUCUAGUGCUGCAGAAGCUGCAAAGAAGAGACCCUUACCCCAGAGCCCCCAUCCUCCCCUGGGGAAUACUAAUACCACACGUGCUGGCUGGCUGUGGAAGAGAACCCCUUCCUUAGGAGUUCUCAGCCUCAGUCCACUUGUUUCUGUGUCCCUAGCCCCACUUCUGGCCAGAGUUUCCCAGUCAGUUACCUCCCUUAUCUUCUUGAAGUGUUUCCGUGGUCUCUGCCCAGUCAGAGUUGAGAAUGGUGCCAAAGUCCAUCGAUGCUCCCAGGCUCCUUUAUCCCUCAUCCCUGCAUCUUGGGACCCUGGGGGCUGACCCCCUCACAGUGCUCCUAGAGCCUCAGGUAGAGUGGCAUCCCAAGCUAUCCCUGGGUGCUUCCUGGGUGGCCCCCAGCUCAGUCUCCAUUCCUGGUGGUCCACUCUUUAAGUGUUAAAAAGCCUGGGGGCCGGGGCAGGGUACCCUGAGGAGGCCCUCUUAUGUGCCCCUCAUGUGCCCCUCCACACUGCCCACCACCAUUUUGCACACUGCCUGUUCACACUCCAUGUCUCCCAGGCAGGAAAGAUGGAAAAUAAAGUGUAUUUACACAGUCACAA